AUGGAAGCCUCAGCUGAUACAACGUUUUAUAUCAGAGCCAGGUUUCGAUCCUGGGACCUGUGGGUUAUGGGCCCACCACGCUUCCGCUGCGCCACUCUGAUGCGUUAUCCCAAGUAUUCAGCUAUUGGAGCUACCGCUGCCAAAAGUAGCGGGGCUUCCGCCAGAGAUAGAGAGCUCUUCAGACCUCCCGAUGCAGCAGCUGUUGAUGGAUUAGAAGCCCCGUUUGAAAAGCUUUUGGCGGAGAUUUGUCCGGACUGCGUGAUCUUUGAUUUUGUUCAGUGGUGGGCGGGUAGAGCCGCCGCCAAAUUUGGCGCAGCUUCUAUCGCUUUCUCUACAUUUGGUGCCGCUUUUAGCAGCUGGGGUAUGCAUCCCGUUUGGCGGCAGUACAGGAACGGACUUACGGCGGAGGAUUUGGUGGAAGAGCCGAGAGAUUACCCCUCGCGGUCGGUCACAUUGAGGCUGUAUGAAGCAGCGGGGGCUUUAUUUGUCCACAGUGCCCCAGAACCAGGUGCUGUUAGUUUCCCUGAGCGCAGCUUGCGUGGCAUAGAUGCCUGUGACAGCGUGGCUGUCAAAACGUGCGCUGAGCUGGAGGGAAAGUAUAUUGAGUAUUUUGGGAAAGUGACUGGGAAACCAGUUGUUCCGCUUGGCCCUCUCUUGUCACCGCACGUGUCAGGAAGAAAACCUGACUCGGAUGAGAUGACAUGGCUGGACAAACAGUCGCCGAGCUCUGUAGUCUACGUGUCAUUUGGGAGCCAGUGCUUUUUAAGCAUGGAACAGAUUGCAGAGGUGGCAUUGGGACUGGAGGCCAGCUGGCAGCCCUUCUUGUGGGCCCUCCAUGGUGAUUCAUUUUGGGUUCCAGAGGGCUUUGUAGAGAGGUUGGGUAUUGAAGUUGGGCGAGGAAAGGAUGGGGCUUUUCAAAGGGAGGAGAUUUGUAACGUUGUGAGGAUGGUUAUUGGGGUUGAAGGGAAAGAUAUUAGAGCCAAGGCAAGGGAAAUUGGCCAAAUGUUCGAGGAUAAAAUAUUGAAGGAUGGAGGAUCUCAAGAUGAAUAUAUUACUGAAUUCGUUAAGCACUUGCACCUCCUCAAGGCCAAUGAGAGGCUUAAAAAAGGGAUCGUUGGUGUUGAUUCCCUUCAAUGGGGAAUAAGCGACGCCCUGUUCAAAUCGAUGGCAACAAUCUCGGCUUCUGCAAAAGUGUUCAAUGAGACCGCAUUUCUUUGA